UGCACACACAAAUUAAAGGAGGAGACCCUUUUCCCUUUAUUAAGAAAACUUUAAUUAAUUAAGUAGUAGCUAGCAGUUUCUGUAGCUUUCCUCUCUGGAUCGAUCAUAUAUAUCACUAUAUAUACCAAUUCCAAGCUAGCUAGCUGCUCAAUCAAGAUAUGUAUAUGUGCACGCAGCUAGCUUAGCGCUAGAGCUAGGCCGGCCACUACACAUCAUAUCGAUCGAUCACAAAUUAAUAUUGUUUGCAUACAUACUCAUAUGUAUAGAAAUAGAACAGGCGGGUCAUCAGCUCCUGGGCGGUCAAAUCCAAGUCGAAGGGCGCCCGGGGAACUGAUCGAUCAUAUCGAUUAAUUGAUCAUAUAUACUGUACUCCUGUAUAUCGAUAUAUUCGAUCGGCUGGUACGUUGAUCAAUUAAUUAAUUUAAGUAAGAUCGAUCAAGCUAGGCAGGUCGGUCCGGAUGAUGAGCGGCGGGUUGGCAUGGGCAUGGCGGGCAGUGCGGUGCGGGGUGGUGUUGCCGACGCUGCAGCUGGCCGUCUACGUCUGCGUCGCCAUGUCGAUCAUGCUCUUCCUCGAGCGACUCUACAUGGCGCUCGUCGUCGCCGCCCUGUGGCUGAUUCGCCGCCGCCGCCGCCGCAGCAACAGGAGGGAGCAGGACGACGAUGGCGCUGAAAACGACCAGCUGCUGCAGGACCCGGAGGCGGCCAACAGCCCCAUGGUCCUGGUGCAGAUCCCCAUGUUCAAUGAGAAACAGGUUUACCGGCUUUCUAUCGGUGCCGCGUGUGGGAUGACAUGGCCAUCUGACAAGCUGGUGAUUCAGGUGCUGGAUGACUCUACAGAUCCAGCCAUAAGGGAGAUGGUGGAGGGAGAGUGCGGGCGAUGGGCGGGGAAGGGCGUGAGCAUAAGGUACGAGAACAGGCGGAACAGGAGCGGGUACAAGGCGGGGGCGAUGCGGGAGGGGCUGCGGAAGGCGUACGCGAGGGAGUGUGAGUUGGUUGCCAUCUUCGACGCAGACUUCCAGCCGGACGCCGACUUCCUCCUGCGCACAGUGCCGGUGCUGGUGGCGGACCCGGGGGUGGCGCUGGUGCAGGCGAGGUGGCGGUUCGUGAACGCGGACGAGUGCCUUCUGACCCGCAUCCAGGAGAUGUCGCUGGACUACCACUUCCGCGUGGAGCAGGAGGUGGGGUCGGCGUGCCACGGCUUCUUCGGGUUCAACGGCACGGCGGGCGUGUGGCGGGUGCGAGCCCUGGAGGAGGCGGGCGGGUGGAAGGAGCGGACGACGGUGGAGGACAUGGACCUGGCGGUGCGAGCGAGCCUGAGGGGGUGGCGGUUCGUGUACGUGGGGCACGUCGGGGUGCGGAACGAGCUGCCCAGCACGCUGCGCGCGUACCGGUACCAGCAGCACCGGUGGUCGUGCGGCCCCGCCAACCUGUUCCGCAAGAUUUUCCUCGAGGCCACCGCCCGCGUGUCCCCCUGGAAGAAGCUCCACCUCCUCUACGAUUUCUUCUUCCUCCGCAAGCUCGUCGCCCACCUCCUCACCUUCUCCUUCUACUGCGUCGUCAUCCCCGCCUGCGUCCUCGCCGGCUCCGACCACGUCCGCCUCCCCAAGUACGUCGCCCUCUACGUCCCCGCCGCCAUCACCCUCCUCAACGCCGCCUGCACCCCGCGCUCCUGCCAUCUCCUCAUCUUCUGGAUCCUCUUCGAGAACGUCAUGUCCAUGCACCGGACCAAGGCCACGCUCAUCGGCCUGCUCGAGGCCACCCGCGCCAACGAGUGGGUCGUCACCGACAAGCGAGGCAACGCCAACCCCAAGCACCAGCAGCCAGCUAAUACCACCACCAGGCCUGGGAGGAAGACCACCACCAGCUCCAGCCGCACAAGCUUCUUCAAUAAUGACGUCCAUGUCGCCGAGAUCCUCCUGGGGGCCUGCCUGCUCUACUGCGCCCUCUACGACAUCGCCUACGGCCGCGACAGCUUCUACAUCUACCUGCUCCUCCAGUCGGCCGCCGCCUUCAUCGUCGGCUUCGGCUACGUCGGGACCUAGCAGCUACUACUACUCUUACUCUACAUGCAUCCAUGUAUAAUUCCAUCCAUUAUAUUCCUGCAUACAAACCUCAAUUAUAUCCAUCGAUUGGCUGUCAAGUUAACUACUA